AUGGUGAAUCAUGUGAACCGUAUUGCGGCCUUUGAAGAGACGGUUAACGUAUUACAACCCAUCAUGAAUAUGAAUUUAGAAAGGGAGAAAGACAGAAAGUCAGAAACGGCGAUAGUUUUUUUCAGCCAGAAGACCUUUGCUGUGAGAAUACUAACUACUAAGAGAUCGGCUGCUGUGACUUCAAAGAAUCAAAGAUAUCCUUUUGAUGAAGCUGCCACUGUGGCUAUAUCUACUGUCAAAGAAUUUGGCAGUGACCUCAAAGAGUUGCUGCUAAUAGUGGGUCUGUCUCUGGCUUCACCAAAUGAUCAUCGCUACAACUUUGGAGAUGAAGUCCCUCUUUCUGUCAACAAAAUUGGUCCCUUGAAUAAUCCCAGUGAAACGUACCAAUACUAUGACCUGCCAUUCUGCCAGCCAGGUGAGGUGCUUCCGAAAAAGGAAUCCCUUGGGGAAGUUCUGAAUGGUGACCGUUUAACCAAUACCUUGUAUCAGUUGAAAUUUGGAGUAGACAAAGAUGGGGUUGUCCUGUGUCACAAGAAGCUUAAUCAAAAUGAUGUCUCAAAGUUCAGGGAUGCUAUUAUUAAAGAUUACUACUAUCAGAUGUACUUUGACGAUCUCCCUUUCUGGGGAUUUGUCGGGAAAAUUGAAGAUGAACACUGGACCUUGGACGGAAAGGGCCCCAAGUAUUUUCUCUUUAAGCAUGUCCAAUUUGAUGUCCUUCACAAUGAAAACCAAGUUAUAGAAAUACAUGCUUUCAGUGAUCCAAGCCAUGUUGUGGAUAUAACAGAAGAUAUAGACCAAAGUGUUACCUUCACGUAUAGUGUACUCUGGAAUGAAACCUCAACUCUAUUCAAAAAUAGAAUGACAAGAUACUCUAGGGCUUCGGGAAAUCCAGUGAACCAACAAGUUCAUUGGUUCUCGGUAGUUAAUUCAAUUGUUAUUACUGUUUUGCUGAUGGCCUUUUUUGCUGUGAGCAUGGUGCAUUGUCUUAAGAAUGAUCUGAGAAAAUGGUCUAGUGGUGAUGAAGAGGAAGACAAAGAAGUGGGUUGGAAGUACCUUCAUGGUGACGUAUUUAGAUGUCCCUCAAACAUGCCUCUGCUUUGUGCAGUUCUCGGUGCUGGUACCCAGCUGCUGACCUUGUUCUGCUUCUUAUUUGUUUUGGCAUUUCUUGGUGUGCUAUAUCCAUAUAACCGUGGAACUCUCCUCACAUCAUUGGCCAUAAUUUAUACCCUUACAUCUGCAGUUGCCGGCUACAGCUCUGCCUCUUUCUACAGUCAAUUUGCUGAAACAGGAUGGGAAAGGAGCGUUACUUUCUCUGCCGUGCUCUUUCUUGGACCAUUCCUCUUAACGGAGUUUUUCCUUAAUUUAGUUGCUGCAUCAUUUGGGGCUACUUUAGCAAUUCCAUUUGGCACUGUAUUUGUCAUUGUUCUUGUGUAUACCCUCAUUGCUAUGCCACUGCUUGCUCUUGGUGGGGUAAUUGGUUAUCGGUGUAGGUCUGAGUUUCAAGCACCUUCUGCCACAAAAAAGUGUGCAAGACAGAUACCAUCACUAGCUUGGUACAGGAAGACACCUGGUCAAAUGUUUCUGGCUGGUCUUCUACCGUUCAGCGCCAUUGUUGUUGAGUUACACCAGUUGUAUGCAACCCUUUGGGGCUACAAAAUUUCGACUCUUCCUGGUAUUCUAUUUUUUAUGUUUAUAAUCCUCAUACUGCUCACUGUGAUCUUAAGCAUCGGUUUGACAUACAUUCAGCUGACAGUGGAAGACCAUGAAUGGUGGUGGCGGUCUAUUUUCCGUGGGGGCUCAACAGCUGUAUUUAUGUUUGCCUACUCGGUAUACUUCUACUGCAAAUCAAACAUGAGCGGGGUCUUGCAAACUACCAUCUUCUUUGUAUAUAACACUUGCAUAUGCUAUGCAUUUUUCCUUAUGCUUGGAACAAUCAGUCUCCAUGCUUCCUUGAUGUUUAUUCGUCACAUCUACCAUGCUGUAAAGAGUGAAUGAGAAUCCGUCCUCAAUCUCUUUGAAUUGCUAUCAUUUGAAGCUCUCUUCCGUGAUUUGACAAGUUAAACAAGAAAGGGUCUCCAUCGUCGAGCUUGUAUCAUUUCAAUACCUCUUCGGUGGUUUGAGAAGCUUAACAAAAUGAGGAAGGUUUCAUCUUUGUUUCGACAAAUGAGCAUUAGGAGCUAUGUUAAUCAAGUAUCCUGCAAUUUCAUAACAUCAAGACUAGCAGAAGUUGAUGGCAAAUUGAGAAGUAUUCAGCGUUCUUGUAUGAGUAGGAAAUGUGAUUGGAUGUUGGAUAUGAACGGCGUUUCUCUGCAAAGUAAAGUUUCGAAGCUAUGUAAUUCCAAUUAUUUUAUUUCCCUAUGCGUUAGAUAAUAUGGUUCUUAUAUUUUGUUUUUUUAAUCUUCGACAAGGCUUUGACUAACCUUUGAUUUAUAGACAUUGAGAAUAUUGCUAUCAGAAGAGUGAAGGCUAAAAUUCCAUAUCCUAGAGCAGUUCUUAAACAAUAAUGCAGAUUUAGUACUACACUAGUUUUCUUCUUA